AUGGAUGACAGUCCUGGAAAAACUGACUUCUUUCCUGGCUGCUCUCCGUCCAUCAUAUCCUCACUCUCCAGUCGCAGCCAGAAUACAGCAACUGCAACACAACUCUCGACUCAAUUAUCUGGACUUACAUCAGCAUCCACCACUAUCACUACUGCCAGUGCUAUUCCUACUGUCAUAUCACUUUCUCAGAUUGCUGCUACUGUCGAAGAAGAGCAUGCUCCGCUACUUCCAAAUGCGGAUACUUUAGAACUGUCCGAUACCCAUAUGUGGACAGCUGAUGAUUUGAGCAAUGAUGUUUACUCACUAAUGCCACUGGAAACUGCUUCCAAACUUCCACAGCAACAGAUUUCUUCAGAUAUACCACUCAUGUCAAAAGCAGAACUGGAUUCUCUUAUGAAUGAUUCAGGGCUUCCUGAAAUGAGUGAUACUUCAGACACUAUAGACUUGCCAUCAGAAUCUCAGCCAGCUCAUACUCUUGAGCUUUCAGACAUAUUACAAAAGCAACAGAAAACAGAGUCCUUUUAUGACACUCCCACCAAACCAAAGCGUAAUGCUGCAAUUGUUGAUAAUAUAUCGUUUGAUUUAGUCGCUGAAAACAGUGACUAUAGUGAGAAACCUUUUUCCAAGUUGCCAGAUUUGAUGGCCACGUCCACAUCUUUCACUAAUCCGCAUGAUACGAUCGCGAAUUUGCAAUUUCCACAAGUUACCAAAUCUGCAAUAUCGACCAUAGCCAUUCCUUUUGAGGAACCCACAGAGAAAAAUUUAGCUACAUCUCCUAAUAGUAUUGAAAAUACUGGCAUAUCACUAAUUAUGCAUACGGAAAUCACACCUACAAACCCGACCAAUACAUCUAAAGAUGAUUGUUUGGCAUCGGCAACAAUUGGACCUCUUGAUCAAGCUUCUUUUUGUCGGACAGAGUGGAUAGUGAUUGCUGGUUUUCAGUCAACAUCAUGUAUACAUAAAUCAUCUAAUCAAAUAUGGUCGAGCUCUCUUAUCACAGACAUUGUAGAUGCACACACACUGAAAACAUCUUCAGGAAAGGUGUACAAGUUGAUCGGUGAGAUGGAUCGUCAUCGGACAUUGGAACACGGUUUUGAUGAGACAUUUUAUAGCAAAUUUCGAUUUGGAUUUCCUGAGCAUUGGAAACUAGCACUGGGAUUGGCACUGAAUGAGAUGGCGACCCAAAAAAAUUUAUGCAGUGUUGCUACUCCUAAAGCUAAGGGUCGAGAGCUUACAAACUCGCCUUUUCUUACAUAUACAUCAGGCGCUACUUCAAAACGACCAUUGAAAAGAUUAGGCAAUAGGCCUUUACACAUUUCAGCAUCCAAACCAGCUAAAGCCAUAUUUCGAGAUAAUGCGACUAAAAUCGUACCGCUUUCUGAUGCUGCACAAUCAAUUAAACCAGUUUUAACUACUGGGCCAAGCACCCAUAAAAUUUCUACAUAUCACUCCAAAGCUAUUGUAGAGAGUAGUCAAAACUCUUUACUAAAUCCGUCUAAAGCAGAUGGGGCGUCACUUACAUCAGUAAAUACUCAGCUACUGGAUGCACGGAAAAGCGAUAUUCAAAAUCAAAAUGGAUUUGAAUCCUCACAGGAAAAUAACGAUUGGCUGGUAAAUGAUAAGCAUUGCAACGAUACAACAAAAAGUAUACAAAAACCCUGCUCAAUUGGUAUGGUACAAGCGACAGCUGAAACCAAAGCAAGCCCUGUGUUGGAAAACACGCCAAUGCUUUGUGAUGUUGCUUCAAUAGAUGCCACGAACAAUGUCGAAUGUACCAAGAAUUCGGCUGUCAUUGAUGUUCUUGAUGGAUCGGCCAGUCAAUCUGAAGCUGGACGGUUUGGUGGUUUAAAAAAACACGAAUCAUUCGAGAAUGCGAUAACCAACUCUGUAUCAUACUCAACGAAGCUCGAUGCUACAUAUUUGUCAGAUGAGGAGGAUAUCAUUUUAAUUCGUCGUUCAUUACCACGAUCAACGCCAAUUCGAAAUACACAUUCGCUAGUCAUAUCACCUAUUGUUACUACAGAUGAUGAGGACACUCCCGUUGAUGCAUCAGCCGAUAUUUCUCCUGUACAAAAACCCAAAUUAUUGCCAUGUACACCACCCACACGAGUAAAAGUGCGGGCCAUGCCAUCUUCGAAAUAUUGUAAGCCUCGGCAAAAAAGUUUGCCCACGUUUCCAAACAAGACAUCACAGUCUGCUGUCAAGCGGGCCCGCAUAGCUCAAAAACCACUUUCAAUUGAACAUGACAAAGAAAUGGAUGAAUUGACAGCACCUAUGGGCUGUUUUCUCUGGACUGCAAAGACUAUUGAGGCGGAAAGCGAGGAUGACAACGACAUUGAGCAAGAUACAUAUAGUCUGAAUGCCGAGAUCAAACCAAUAUCUACUACGUUUGAAAUGCGUCAAACAGCAGCAACCGAAAGUUUAAAACGUCGCGCCUGUGUCAAGACUACGAAGCUUUCAAACAAAAGCAAACAGAGAUUGUCACUAGAAUCCAGCUCCAAGCCAAAACGAGACUGCUUGUCAGCAGAUUUUUACACUUUACCUGAAAAGCAAACUGAUGUUUCUUUUGUCGAAUCUUCUUUGACUGUAUCAGGGUUAAGCAAGGAAGCAUUGAAUACUGAUGCACCAGUAGAGUCGCCGAGACAAACACGAUCAGGGCGAACUGUAGUGAAACCUUUAGCCUAUUGGAAAUCUGAACGUAAAAUGGAAGUACCAAUUACAGACGUCACUGGACAGGUCAAGUCAUUUCGGCCGGUGAUUGUUGUUGGUGCUCAAUCUGCUUGGAAUAAUAGAACUUGUUGA